CCCCGAAACCAAACCUUCGGCGGGUGUACCUGUCAUCUCCCCGUUUCUGCUGCCGUUGUAGCCGCGCCGCCACUCGUCGUCGUCGUCCACCUCAGCUUCGACGGAGCACAGCGUACGACGGCUUGAACCAUGGCAGGCAAAGAAGAGGAACAUGAGGGCGCCUCCGCCAAAGAGAUUCUCGUCGAGGCGUGCCGGCGCAACAACCCGGAGCUCCUGGCCGAGAUGCUCGAGGGCAAGUCCGACGACGAGAUCGCGCGGCUGCUGAACGAGACGACGACGGUCAUGGGCAACCACCUGUACCACGAGGCGGCGUUGCGGGGCAACUACGAGAUCAUCGACACGCUGCUAGACCAGCCGGGCUUCGAGUGCGACCCGGUCAGCCGGGUCGAGGGCGACACGCCGCUGCACAGCGCGAUACGGUGGAUCAACAGCGAGCCGGCGGAGCAGCACGAGUUUGGCAACGCCCUCGUUGACAUGAUGCUUGAGGCCGGGUCCAACCCGCGCCACAAGAACAAGGGCGGCCUGACGCCGGUGCAGCUAGUCGACCCGCGCAAUACGGGCCUGCGCGAGCUGAUCCGGAAACACGAGUACGCCAACCUCAACGCCGGCGACUUUGUCCCCGCCAGCGAAGUCUCUGGCGGCGCGAGCAACGCCAACAACGGCACCAACCAGCAGGCUGCUUCUACUACAUACGCGCAGGACAAAGACAGCGACGACGAUGCCGAGUUUAGCGGCAGCGACGAAGAGGAGAGGGCCGAGUGGGAGAGGAGACGAAGGGCAAAGAAGAGUUGAACAGCGAGCCAGCGCCGGGCCGAGAAGGUGGAUUAUAACUAGGGGGGAUGGAUUGUAUCUAACGGAGGGAAGCUGCAUGUAUGUCGGCUCGAACUAAUGCAGCGUUUGCUUCUUAUGGGACAAAUGAGGCGACUGGCGCAUGUAGCUUGCGAAGGGA